CCAACAAUGUUCUCCAAAUGUUGGAUAUCCAGGCAUCCCAACUUCGACGCAUGGAAUCUUCAAUCAACCAUAUUUCACAAGAAAUUUGAUUAUACUUCUCCUGGAACAAGCCUAACCUGCAGAAGACUUCCUCGGUCUUUUUUAUGUUGGACGGUGGACAUUCACAAAGAGAAAGUUGCUAGAAGAGAAAUUGGUAUCUUGACUACAAACAAAAACACCUCAAGAACUCACAAAAUCAUUGCACCAGCUAACUUGGAGCGACCAGUUCGCUACAUCAGGAAACCUAUUGAUUAUACAAUUCUAGAUGAUAUUGGACAUGGAGUGAAGGUCAGCACACAGAAUAUGAAGAUGGGUGGGCUGCCUCGUACAACACCACCCACCCAGAAGCCACCAAGUCCACCGAUGUCGGGAAAAGGAACUAUUGGGCGUCACUCUCCCUAUCGUACGUUGGAGCCAGUACGUCCUCCAGUGGUACCAAAUGACUAUGUGCCUAGCCCAACACGCAAUAUGGUUCCCUCACAGCAGAGCCCUGUUAGAACAGCUUCAGUGAAUCAGAGGAAUCGCACAUACAGCAGCAGUGGGAGUAGUGGAGGAAGCCACCCAAGUAGUCGGAGCAGCAGUCGAGAGAACAGUGGAAGUGGAAGUGUGGGUGUUCCUAUUGCUGUUCCCACACCAUCUCCUCCCAGUGUCUAUCCAGGUCACCCAGUUCAGUUCUACAGCAUGAACAGGCCUGCAUCUCGACACACACCCCCAACAAUAGGGGGAUCUUUGCCAUAUCGGCGUCCUCCUUCGAUCACAUCACAGACAAGCCUUCAGAACCAGAUGAACGGAGGACCAUUUUAUAACCAGAACCCAGUUUCAGAUACUCCUCCCCCACCACCGCCUGUGGAUGAGCCAGUGUUGGAUGAAUCUCCACCUCCACCCCCACCUCCAGAGGAUUAUGAGGAGGAGGAAGCAGCUGUGGUGGAGUACAGUGAUCCAUAUGCUGAGGAGGACCCUCCCUGGGCACCAAGGACCUACUUAGAAAAGGUGGUGGCGAUCUAUGACUACACGAAGGACAAAGAAGAUGAGCUCUCGUUUCAGGAAGGUGCCAUCAUUUAUGUCAUCAAGAAAAAUGAUGACGGCUGGUAUGAGGGAGUCAUGAAUGGAGUGACGGGGCUCUUCCCAGGGAACUAUGUGGAGUCAAUCAUGCAUUACUCAGAGUGAAGACUAGAGGACGGAACACUGCAUCUCCUGCUGCAGGAGCUGUGAGGGCUUCCCAGAUAUCCACCAGCCUCUGGGGCCCCAUCCAGUAUAACUGAAUGAAGGAUAAUUGUAACAACCA